CGAUAUUGAAACGCGCCUGCUGUGUGGAGGGGGGAAGAGUUUUUUUUCGUCAAUACUGACAGACCGUGUAAAAUAAACAAUAAUAUGAUUCGAAAACUGAAAACAGAUUAUUUUAAAUGAUUUCUAAUUGUAAAUGCGCCCACUUAAUAUAUCUACGAUCUUGCGUAGAUUUUUUACUACUAAUUUAUUAUAAUGAUCUUUUAUGUCGGAAUUAUAUUUGCUUUUUUCUUAUGGGAAAAUAACGGAACUCUUGCAUUGAAGUGCCAUUGUGAUAUAUGUGGAGAAUCAGCAAACCACAGUUGUGACACUGAUGGUCUCUGUUUUACGUCAACAUCCUUAGGCGAUAAUGGAGUUAUUACACAUUCAUAUAGGUGUUUUCCAAAGAAGGAAUUACAGCCUCCGGAACAUCCUAUGGUUUGUCAACACUCAGAAAGUAUAAAAUCAAAGACUCUUUUUGUCAUCAAGUGUUGUCAGAAUUAUGAUUACUGCAAUCGAGAUUUAUCUCCCACACUGGCUCCUCCAACAUCAGCUGCUGAAAGUGGCAUGCUUGAUAAGGAGCCUCGAUUCAAUACACUGGAAGUGAUUAUAAUAACUGCUACACCUAUUUGUGCAAUAUGUUUAUUUGCACUGAUAUUUUGGGCUGCAUGGCAAUUGCGUCAGAAGCAUCGCAGGUACCAAGUUGAUUGUGAAAAUUCUUUAGAAAGCUGUGAACCGAUGUUACCUCCUGAUCAUUCGAUAAAAGAUAUGAUUGACAUGACCACAUCUGGCUCAGGUUCAGGGCUUCCCCUUUUAGUCCAGAGGAGUAUAGCAAGACAGAUACAGUUAGUUGAAAUAAUAGGAAAAGGAAGAUUUGGAGAAGUUUGGAGGGGACGUUGGAGAGGCCAACCUGUAGCAGUAAAGAUAUUUUCAUCUAGAGAUGAACGUUCUUGGUUUAGAGAAGUUGAAAUAUAUCAAACAGUUAUGCUAAGACAUAGCAAUAUAUUAGGAUUCAUUGCUGCUGAUAACAAAGAUAAUGGCACUUGGACCCAAUUAUGGUUAAUAACUGAUUAUCAUGAAAAUGGGUCUCUGUAUGAUUACCUCAAUAAAACUACUGUGGAUACUGCAGGAAUGUGCAAAAUGGCUUAUUCCAUUGCAAAUGGAUUGGCACAUCUACAUAUGGAAAUUCUUGGUACUCAAGGAAAGCCAGCCAUUGCUCAUCGUGACCUGAAAAGUAAAAAUAUACUUGUAAAAAAUAAAGGUUCUUGUGCUAUUGCGGAUUUAGGCUUAGCAGUAAGAUUUGAUUCCGUCUCAAACUCUGUUGACAUUCCACCGAAUCCGAGAGUUGGUACAAAGCGCUAUUUAGCUCCAGAGGUAUUAGAUGAAACAAUAAAUACAAACCAUUUUGAUUCCUUUAAAAGAGCUGAUAUUUAUGCAUUUGGUUUAGUACUUUGGGAAAUUGGACGUCGCUGUGAUAUUGGAGGUAUACAUGAUGAGUAUCAGCUACCCUACUAUGAUAUGGUACCAUCUGAUCCUAGCAUUGAUGAAAUGAGGAAAAUUGUAUGCUAUGACAAAUUAAGACCACCAAUACCAAAUAGAUGGAUGUCAUGUGAGGCCUUGCGAGUAAUUUCUAAAGUCAUGAAAGAAUGUUGGUAUCACAAUUCUGCUGCUCGUUUAACAGCUCUUCGCAUUAAAAAGACAUUGGCUAAUCUUGAUGCUCAAGAAGAAGUGAAAAUAUAAUUUCUUUUUGUCUUUUUAAAUUCAAGAUUUAAACGAAGAAAAAAAAGAAAAAUUGAUAUAGAUAAAAUCUGGUGCGUAAUUAUGUUUAUUAGACUUUAUCUAUUCAUGAUUCUUAAUUAAAUUUGAUUUUAUUCUAUUUUUAAUAGGAUUAAGCAUGAAUUAUACAUAGUCUCAUAUGUUUUCUGGAAUUAAUCUCAUCAUAAUUAGUAGACAUCUCAUGCUGUUAUUCUGUAGAUAUUAUUCACAAGACUGAUUUUGAUAUGAAUGGGGAAAUAUAAAUUAUUUAUCAAAAUCAGAAUCAUUUUAAGUCAUUAAUUUGAAAAAUGUUUUUAGAAACAUUUUUCAAACUGUUUUGCAUUUUAGAAACACCCUAUUUCUGGGUAUAUUUUAGUUGGUCUUCAUGUACAUUUUUGUAUUUGUUUAUGAAUUUUAUAUUUGUUUAUGAAAAUUAGACUAAGUUGUACAUUUUUAUUUUGUGUGAUAUAAUUUGAUUAAUGUUUUUCUGUGCAAAUACAACUAAUUGUGUUUUAUAUGAUGUCAUGAGAAUUUCUCAAUAUAUAUUUGGUGCUCACCCUAUAAUCUUGCAUAAGCCGUCCGAAGAGGCAUGCUAAAUAAGCUAUACUCUUUUUGUGCUAAUACUAAAAUAUAAAAAUUUUGUAUUUAAAUGCAAAAUUUUAAUGUAUAUAAAAAUGCGAUGUAUGAUGAUCUAUACAGCAACUUAUUUGUAAGUGGCUCUGACUAUUUAUUAAAAAACUAUGAUUUGGUAAAUAAUGCGAAAAUUAUUGACAAAAUGUGAAGUUUUUUUCCUCCAAAUAUAUAAGUAUUAUAUACUUACAAAAUUACAUGAACUGAAAAUAUU